CUCUCACCACACACACUCGCACACAAAAGCACACACUCCAUUUUGAUCCUAGCCAAUAAGGGGCUGAUGAUCUCAAGUAUCACUAUAGCACCAGGACUUAUUCUUUGAGCGAAGCAUUCCGAUUCUUACAGACCUUCACCUUCACUGCUGGAGGAGCUGCUCUACCUCUUCGGGAUUUGAAAUCUGCUGUCAUCAUGUCUGACACUGAAGAAGUGUACGACGAGGAGGAAGCCCAGGAGGAGGUAGAAGUAGAAGUAGCCCCUGAGGCGGAGGCCCAGGUAGAGGCAGAGCCAGAAGUAGAGCCUGAACCAGAACCAGAACCAGAGCCAGAGCCAGAGCCUCAGGAGGUGGUGCAGCAAGUGGUUCGUGAGGAGGAAGAGGCCUAUGAAGAGGAAGGGGAAGAUGGAGAUCAAGAUGAGGAGAAGCCAAAGUUCAAACCAACUGCCCCAAAGAUCCCUGAUGGCGAGAAAGUGGACUUUGACGACAUUCAGAAGAAACGUCAGAACAAGGAUCUGGUUGAGCUUCAGUCACUGAUCGAUGCUCACUUUGAGUGCAGGAAGAAAGAGGAGGAGGAACUCAUUGCUCUCAAAGAAAGAAUUGAAAAGCGACGUGCAGAGCGAGCUGAGCAGCAAAGGAUUCGGGCUGAGAAGGAUAAAGAGCGACAGGCGCGGCGUGAGCUUGAGAGGAUGAGAAAAGAGGAGGCUGAUGCUCAGAGGAAGGCUGACGAUGAUGCCAAAAAGAAGAUAGCGCUCACCAAUAUGGGAUCAGGCUUCAGCAGCCACCUGCAGAGGAUUGAUGCAAAGAGAGGCAAGAAACAGACUGAAAGGGAAAAGAAGAAGAAGGUUUUGGCAGAGAGAAUCAAACCACUGAGCAUUGACAGCCUCACAGACGACCAGCUGAGGGAAAAGGCCAAAGAGCUGUACGACUGGCUUACUAACCUGGAGGCAAUUAAAUACGACCACUGUGAGAUGCUCAAGAGACAAAGAUAUGAGGUCAUCUCUCUCAGAAACCGCAUCGAUGAGCUGCAGAAACACAGCAAGAAGGGAGCCGCCUCGCGCCGCAGGAAGUGAGCAUCGAUCCUCCAAAGGACAGCAGCUCAGACUCUGGGGCGACAGCUUCAACUGGAUGUCUUAGUUCCUGCUUAAAUGCAGUGGUUUCAGCAUAAGAAUAGCUUCAAUAAAUAAAGUGUUUUAAAAGAAUAAUGUCAAUAUUUUUGUUUAAGAAAUACUAUUCUCUUUGUUCACCUUAACUGAUGUGGUUCAUGAGAAUUGAAAAGUCACUUUAAUAAAGGCAUGAAAGACAUAAUAAUAUAAA